GAACCGCUGCGCCUCGGAGUCGGAGCGCGGGUCGCGGAGCGCGGAGCCCGCAGGCGGCGGGAACAAAGCGGCGGCGGCGAGGGCGGCCCAGGCCCGGGACGCGCGGAGCGAGCGACCCGCCGGGCCUUUGUCUCGGGCGGGGCAGGAGCGGCGGCGGCGGCGGGGCGCCCCGAGCGCAGAAUGCGGCGCGCGGCGGGGCCGACUGCGGAGCGCUGCGGCGGCGGACGGCGUGGAGCCCGGCCCGGGGCCCGCGGGGACUCGUGUGUGUGAACGGGGGACCCGGCGCGCUGCCUGGAGCCCACCCCGCGGCCGCACGUGGGCGGGAGCCGCGGCCCGCGCGGAGCCCGAGGAGGAAGCGGAGGGAGCGCGGCGGGGACCGGGGUGCCCGCUCGAAGCCCCGCCCCGGCCGCCGAGCCCGGCGCGGCCGGGCGGGAUGCCCCGCGGCCGCCGCACUCGGGCCGGCGCGCGGCGCUGAGCGGGGCCAUGGAGCAGUGGCGGCAGUGCGGCCGCUGGCUCAUCGACUGCAAGGUCCUGCCGCCCAACCACCGCGUGGUGUGGCCCUCGGCCGUGGCCUUCGACCUGGCGCAGGCGCUGCGGGACGGGGUGCUGCUGUGCCAGCUGCUGCACAACCUGUCCCCCGGCUCCAUCGACCUCAAGGACAUCAACUUCCGACCGCAGAUGUCCCAGUUCCUGUGCCUGAAGAACAUCCGCACCUUCCUCAAGGUCUGCCACGACAAGUUUGGGCUGAGGAACAGCGAGCUGUUUGACCCCUUCGACCUCUUCGAUGUCCGAGACUUUGGGAAGGUCAUCUCCGCCGUGUCCAGGCUGUCCCUGCACAAUGUGGCCCAGAACAAAGGGAUCCGGCCCUUCCCCUCGGAGGAGACGGCGGAGAACGACGAUGACGUGUACCGCAGCCUGGAGGAGCUGGCCGACGAGCACGACGUGGGGGAGGACAUCUACGACUGCGUCCCGUGCGAGGAUGAGGGCGACGACAUCUACGAGGACAUCAUCAAGGUGGAGGUGCAGCAGCCCAUGAAAAUGGGCAUGACGGAGGACGACAAGAGGACGUGCUGCCUGCUGGAGAUCCAGGAGACCGAGGCCAAGUACUACCGCACGCUGGAGGACAUCGAGAAGAACUACAUGGGCCCCCUGAGGCUGGUGCUGAGCCCGGCGGACAUGGCGGCCGUCUUCAUCAACCUGGAGGACCUGAUCAGGGUGCACCACAGCUUCCUGAGGGCCAUCGACGUGGCCAUGAUGGCGGGCGGCGGCACGCUGGCCAAGGUCUUCCUGGAGUUCAAGGAGAGGCUCCUGAUCUACGGGGAGUACUGCAGCCACAUGGAGCACGCUCAGAACACGCUGAACCAGCUCCUCGCCAGCCGGGAGGACUUCAGGCUGAAAGUGGAGGAAUGCACGCAGAAGGUCCAGGACGGGAAGUUCAAGCUGCAGGACCUGCUGGUGGUGCCCAUGCAGCGGGUGCUCAAGUACCACCUCCUCCUGAAGGAACUUCUGAGCCAUUCCACCGACCGGCCCGAGAGGCAGCAGCUGAAAGAAGCACUGGAAGCCAUGCAGGACUUGGCCAUGUACAUAAAUGAAGUGAAACGGGACAAAGAGACCCUGAAGAAAAUCAGCGAGUUUCAGAGUUCCAUAGAGAACUUGCAAGUAAAGCUGGAGGAAUUUGGGCGGCCCAAGAUCGACGGGGAGCUGAAGGUGCGGUCCAUCGUCAACCACACCAAGCAGGACAGGUACCUGUUCCUGUUCGACAAGGUGGUCAUCGUCUGCAAGAGGCGGGGCUACAGCUACGAGCUGAAGGAGAUCAUCGAGCUGCUGUUCCACAAGAUGACCGACGACCCCAUGAACAACAAGGACGUCAAGAAGUGGUCCUAUGGCUUCUACCUGAUCCACCUGCAAGGCAAGCAGGGCUUCCAGUUCUUCUGCAAAACAGAGGACACGAAGCGGAAGUGGAUGGAGCAGUUUGAGAUGGCCAUGUCGAACAUCAAGCCCGACAAGGCCAACGCCAACCACCACAGCUUCCAGAUGUACACGUUCGACAAGACCACCAGCUGCAAGGCCUGCAGGAUGUUCCUCCGGGGCACCUUCUACCAGGGCUACCUGUGCACCAAGUGUGGGGUCGGGGCGCACAAGGAGUGUCUGGAGGUGACGCCGCCCUGCAAGAUCAGUUCGCCUGCUGACCUGGACGCCUCUGGAGCGGGACCAGGUCCCAAGAUGGUGGCUGUGCAGAAUUACCACGGCAACCCCGCUCCCCCCGGGAAGCCGGUGCUGACCUUCCAGACGGGCGACGUGAUUGAGCUGCUAAGAGGGGACCCCGAGUCUCCGUGGUGGGAGGGGCGGCUGGUGCAGACCAGGAAGUCCGGCUGCUUCCCCAGCGCGUCCGUGAAGCCCUGCCCCGUGGACGGACGGCCACCCAUCGGCCGGCUGCCGUCCCGGGAGAUCGACUACAGUGCUUACCCCUGGUUCGCAGGCAACAUGGAGCGGCAGCAGACGGACAACCUGCUCAAAUCCCACGCCAGCGGGACCUACCUGAUCCGGGAGCGGCCGGCCGAGGCCGAGCGCUUCGCCAUCAGCAUCAAGUUCAACGACGAGGUGAAGCACAUCAAGGUCGUGGAGAAGGACGGCUGGAUCCACAUCACGGAGGCCAAGAAGUUUGAAAGCCUCUUGGAGCUGGUGGAGUACUACCAGUGCCACUCUCUCAAGGAGAGCUUCAAGCAGCUGGACACCACGCUCAAGUACCCCUACAAGUCCCGCGAGCGCGCCGCCCGGACCUCCGGCCGCUCCCCAGCUCCCUGCGCCUCCUACAGCUUUUCUUUCCUCAGUCCUCAGGGCCUCAGCUUGGCUUGUCAGGGCCCCUCCGCUCCCUUCUGGUCAGUGUUCACGCCCCGCGUCAUCGGCACGGCCGUGGCCAGGUACAACUUUGCGGCCCGGGACAUGCGGGAGCUCUCGCUGCGGGAAGGCGACGUGGUGAAGAUCUACAGCCGCAUCGGCGGGGACCAGGGCUGGUGGCGGGGCGAGACCAACGGCCGGAUCGGCUGGUUUCCUUCAACCUACGUGGAAGAGGAGGGCAUCCAGUGACAGGCCGCAGGCGGGACUCAGGGACUGUCGUGGGCACCCGUGUCCGUUCCUGGACCCAGACGGGGAAGUGCCUGCCGACCUUCCAUCUCCCACGGCCGCGGGGACGGGGAGGGUGCUGAGUCCUGACCGCAACCCGUGCCCGUCAGCCUGCCCUCGGUGGCCUGUCCUGGGUUCGCCGCUUGUACAUAGAGGAAUCCGGGCGGCCUGCGUGGCUGCCCGCCGGAGCGCCGAGGAGGGAGGGCCCGCGCCGGCGGCAGCCCGGUCGGAGCUCGUCUGGCCCCGUCCUGCCGGGCCUGGGCGGGAGCGCGGAUGCCGUCCCAGGGCGGGAGGGCCCCCCCCACGUUGCUCAGCCCUGGACUCAGCCCUCCUGCUUCCUGCUGCUCCCGGGGUGACUCGCGUAGGGGAGGGCAUUGAAGGGGCCCGGCCGCCCCCUGACCUCCCCGUGCCCUCUGCCCCGGGCACCUCUCUCAGGAAGGUGCCCUGGGAGCGGGGGAGCUGCCCCCUCCCCCUGGUCGAUGGUACUGUCUUUGCCCGAACCCGAGGCUGUCUGUCCUGCCUGCUGCCGGGAGACUGGAAACCCCGAUGCGGCGGGGAGAACACGGGUCCCCUCGCUGUCCCUGCUGCUCACAUUCCUGUCCGGAAGGGGGCGCACGCUCCCAUGCGGGGUGCCCCUCUGGGUCUCCUGUGUCCUGCGAGGUGGUCCCUGAGGGGCCCCGGCCUUGGCACAGGACGUGGGCUCUCGCCCUGGGCGGGUCUUCCUUCCAGGAGCUCCCAUAGCUCGCGAACGGGCCCCGAAGUAAGUGCUCUGGGGGGCUCUGCCCUGGGGCGCCCCCUCCUGCCUCCCCUGGCCUUGGCCUCUGGCUGUUCGGCCGGACCCUCCUCUGCCUGGAUGUUGCAUGAGACCUAGUGACACUCCCUGCGAGCCCCUCCUCCGUGUGCAGCUGCACAGCCCUGUGCCCGGAGCAGGGCCAGGCGGGGCCUCGGAGGUCAGCCUGGCAGCCUGCAGGCUGGGCUCCCGCCGCCCCGGGCAUGGGGAGGAGGCGGGAGGGCCCCAGGUGGUGAGCAGCAGGGAGAAGAGAGAAGGCCGCCUGCAGGGGCUGGAGAAGUGGGGGGAGGUCGCGGCCGCGGGCGGUGAGCCGGGGGGAAUCCCGUCACGGGCGCACCAGCACUUUGCGCAGACCCUCGGCCGCGGCCCGAUGGAGGGGAGGGGCCAGCCCCUUUCUGUUUACUGCUGUCGGAGGUUUUGUGUUUGUUUUGUUUGGCUUGUUUGCUUUCUGAGGGAAAAAGAAGUUUGUAAUUAUUUCGUCCAAAGCUCCGUGUGUGUCUGUGAAUAUAAGGAAGAGAUUUUAUAAGAGCGGGAACGUGUGUCUCUCUGAGGCCAUCGCGACGCGGGCGUGCGACGCGGGGCCACUGGGAAGGCGCACGCGGGUCCGGUUCCCGCAGCCGUUCUGUCUUUUUUGUUCUGAAACCAGGACUCAAGUGGCUGGUUUUGCUCUGCUCGC